UUUAAGAUCUACACAACCAACGAAAGACGACUCGGAAACCGCAAUUCUUGUAAUGCAAGAACAAAUUGAAGCUCUCAAAUUGAAACAACAAGAGGAAAUGGAUAACAUGUUAUCGAAACUAGCUAGCGCAAAAGCGCAGAUACACGGUAGUCAGUCUGUAAAAGCGACUGCAGAUAACGAUAGUAACGAGUGUGAGGGCCCUAAAGUAGAAGUAGCGGCUACAACUGUCAAGUGCACCACUGUGGCGGCGCGAGUUUAA